UCGGCGUCAAAAAAUUGAGUAAAAACAUUGAUCAACUAUAUUAUAUGCUUAAUCAAUGAUGAAAAUUAUGAAAGUACGAUAAGUGUUAUUGUGGACCCUAGUAGGGCACAAAGUCGGUUUGAAUUACGCAAUUAUGUCAAUAAUUUUUGGGUUUAAAAUUGUUACGCCACUGGUCAGUUUUGACAAUUGACAUGUAUUGACAUAACCUCACUUUUUGCAAACAUCGAAUUUUAUGGUAUUAAAAUGUCGAUGAUUUGCCGUACAUGUCUCCAAAUAGUCGACAAAAGCGCGUUUUGUUACAUCGACACGUUUGACAAUUCGCAAAAGUGCAAUACCGUUCCUAAAGAUGUGUUACAAUUGUGUGUACCUGAAAUGGAUUUGUACAUUUCCGAGCAGCCGGGCAUUUGCAGCGACUGCUUAACACUGUUUGAGAGUUUCUACAACUUCAAAAACAAGUGUCUAGCAUCCGAAGAUAAGAUUUUGUCUUAUUUGAAACGCAACAACGUUGACUCUCAAUGCAAAAUCAACUUGAGUUGCGUCGUGUGCGACGUGGAUGACUCGGAGACUAGUAGGAAGCUCGCUGAGUUGGAGACAAGCCCCGAGAUCGAUGUGAUUAAGUUGAAUGGGGCUCCGACGCUGCCUCGGGCGCAGCCCGACGACAAGGAAGUUCUGUUAUUGACGUGCAAUCAUUGCGCGUUUGCCACAAUGGACAAAGCCAAGCUGAUCAGCCACAAAUGUCUCCCGACCCCCAAUUCAGAGAAGCACAAGUGCCCCUAUUGUGAGUACUCAACGAGUCGGCGCUACCGUCUCAGUUACCACGUCAAUGCCAAACACACCAAAGCCAAUUGGUACAACUGCACGCAAUGCGAGUACAAAACCACCGAUUCGGGCUCGUUGCGACGGCACUUGAAAGUGGUGCAUUUGGGGCACGAUGGGGGUACCUCAGUGGUGACUUGUCCCAUGUGUUAUUUCACGGCGACGUCCGAAGUGGCGCUCCAGAGGCAUAAAGUGGCCAAACAUGGACCGGUGAUGCACCAAUGCACGAUUUGUUCCUACCAAACUAAGGAUAAAAGCAACUUCAGGAAGCAUCUCUAUAUUCACGGAGAUAAGCCGAAGAAGUGCACCAAGUGUAGCUACCAGUGCGUCAGCCCCUACCAGCUGGAGAAGCACUACAAGAGGAGCCAUGUCUGAGGAGGUGAUUUGCGACUGUUUUAUUUCUGUCUGUGAUCAGUUUUUUAUUCAAAUGGGGGCGAAUUUUGAAAAUUAUGGCGAGAAUGACGUAAUUACUAUCGCCAACCAUGAUUUUUUUACUCUGGGUGAUGAAGAAUGACAAAGUUGAAAGAGUUUUUUUUUUUGUUUUAUACACUGUUUUAUAAUUUUUGUCGUCACGUAAGCCAUGAAAUUUUAAUUUGGCAACACUUUUUGGAACAUUCUAAAAUAUCAUCAAUAAUUCAGUGUUGCCAAUAGAUUUUUUGGUCACAUGCGACAGAUAAAACUGCUACUUUUCAUUAUUUAAUGUUGCCAACUUACAUAAUUUCAAAGUCGUAUACUACCUUGAUCAAAACUUUGAUGGUACUUGUGAUGUUUUAAUUGAAUUCAAAAUGCAUCAACAUCUAUUUUCAAUUAAUUAAAAAAUGUAUUAUUUGAUUGAAAUUUUGCCGUUCUCUCUAUCGUAUAUUAAAAUAUGUACUUUAAAUUGCAUUUUUUUAUAUUUUUUAAAUAAAAUUUAUUUAUAGAACGUUUUAUAAUGAUUGACAUCUCGGUAGGCUUUGAGAGUGUGAACCAGACUUUAAUUUUAGUUCCAAAAAAUUAUUAACGUAAACGUUCUUUAGAUCCUGAUACAUUGUAAAAAAUCACAUUUCUGUGGAAUUCUGUCUGAAAAAAUAACAACCUAUUUGUUCAAGAAAAAUUUGAAAAUAGGAGAGAUCAAGCACAAAAACCACUUAAAAAUAUGACGUAUCUUCAACCUCAGUGGGUGCAAUACUAUACAAAUGAACAACCUAGAACUCUCAAAGUACAAAUAUUGCCACUUUAAAUUUAAAUUUUCAUGUCCUACCAAGAUGUCAAUCAUUUUGGAACGCUCUAUACCUCCAAAUUUUGAUUUUUAGUCUCCAUUGUUGCCAACUUAAUACAAUUGGUGGUUAAAGCUCGAGUUGAAUUAAAAUUGCACCAAAACAUUAUUUUUUUAUAUAUAUAUUUUUUUUUUUCAUUUUUAGUUAUUACGUACUUUAAAUUGCAUCUUUUUCAAUAAAACGCGACAUUUUACCUUUGAAUACACCUUGUGCCAUUUCAGUCGCCACACUGUCAACGUCGCAACUGUGUUUUUGAGGUUAUAUAGGUCACAAAUAAUUGGUUUCUGUGUAAAAGAAGAAUCUGACGAAUUUAGAGCCAAAAUACUCUACUACUUCAUACAGAAAAAACAUUAUAAAGUGACAGAAUGCUAUUUAAAUGGCACGACAUACAUAUAUUGAUUUUUUUUUGACGAAAAUGACAAAUUUUUGGGUAACAAAUAGUAAAAAACACCAAUGUUCAAUAAUACAAUGUUGGCAGUGUUGCCAACUUAAUUGAAGGCAUGUGAACUAAUUAAAAAUGUACCAAGACUAUUAGGGAAAAAAAAUCCUUCGCAAUUACGAGUUAAUCGUAUUUUUUAGUCUCCAUUGUUGCCAACUUAAUUAAGUCGGUGGUUAAACCUCAAGUUGAAAUAAAAUUGCACCAAAACAUUUAUUUUUAAUUAUGUAUACGACAAAAAAAAAUACCUUUAAUUUUAUUUUUAGUUAGUUUUUCCAUAAUUCUUUUUCAUAAUAAGUGGGAAUUUUAUUAAUUGUAAUUAAGUGAUAUUUAAAACAUACUCAAAUUGUAGUUUUUAUUAAUAAAAAGUGAUUUUUUACCUUUUUGACUAAAACGUCAGCUUUCUAAUGCAAAUCGACAAUGUUGCCAACUUAAUUUAAUUGCACGCAUGAAAUCAGCAUUGCCAACUCAAACGUCAUUCUUGAUCACCCGGUAUCUCAGAACUUGCGUCCAUGUUCCUCGUAUUUUUUUUUGUCUUACUUGAUAUUUUUCUCUGGGGCGCGAGUUUUGUAUACUUUUUGUGAUUUUACACAAAGUUGUCUCAAAUAUUCCGAAAUUUGUCGAUAUUAUUUUCGACCUAUUCAUUAGUGUACUCAUUACUAAUUGAUGUGUUAGAUAAUAAGUGAAUAAAAAUUGAUUCGAAAAAU